GUCAUAGUGUCAGUACAUAUAAUACUAGAACUGAUGCGGCACUUAUUUCAGUGUCACUAUAAUCGCCGUGCUAUCAAUAACCAUGCGUGUUCUUCUUUUAGCUGUUCUUGUAGCUUUGACUGUGUAUGUGAGUGGUGAACCCUGUACAACCACACAACAAUGUAUCAACCACGGUAUAACAACAUGUGGGGGCGGCUCUCAUGUGGUCUGUCAUAAUCACCAAUGCGAAUGUCUUACGAACUCCCAAGGAAAUACCUGCACUGAUGUCAGUGAUUGUCACUGUGACCAUGGACAUCCACAUUGUAUUGAUAGACAUUGUAGAUGUACAAGAUUCUAGACAUUAUUCUAAAAUUCUUUAUGAAAAAAAACAUGUAGACAAAUGUAAAAUAAAAAAAAAUGAAAUAACUGUGAA